CCCAGCCCCGCCCCCGCCGCGGGGGGAGCCGAGAGCGGGGGGAGGGGGGACGGGGAGGGGGAGGGCCCCGAGCUGCGGCGGCGCCGACUGAAGCUGCAGGCGCUGGGACGGAGGUGCCGGGAGAUCCGACAGGUGAACGCGCGGGCGCUGCAGCGGCUCCGGCAGGUUCAGCGCGUGACGCGGCGGCUGCAGCUGGAGCGCAGGUUCCUGAUGCAGGUGUUGGAUUCCCACGGCGAUCGGUACCGCCAGGGGCAGCUCACCGUGCUGCUGCAGGACGAGGCUGCAGCCGAGGGGGGGGUCCCAGACUCUGCCCCCCCCGGGAACGCUGAGAAUGAACCCCCAGAGAGGGGGGGAGGGGCGGGAGGGGCCCCCCCAAACCCCCCCGAGCCCCCCCCGGACCCCCCCAGCUCCAAACGGCGCCGCCGGGACCCCCGGGGGGGGCGCAGGCCCAAGGGGGGAGGGGAGGCUCCUCUGGGCCCCUCCCCCACCUGGACCCCCCCCAGCCCCCCCGAGAAAAACCCGAGGGGCCCCAAAUUCUCCAACCCCGACUUGGACUGA